AUGGAAUUGAAAUCUGAUGAAGAUAGGAAACGGCCUUUCUUGCAAGCAAAUCAUUCUACUCGUCCUGGUGGACCUGAUCCGAGCAAAGUGGUCCAGCUCUCAGCCCAUCCCAGGUGAGUACUUCUGGGGAUUUGUCAACUGUUACAGUUGUUAUUUCCUUAAUUACAAUCUCGUGUUGAAUUCACUAAAGAGUGGGCGUAAAUCAGCAAGACGGUUUGAUCUCUAUCCUUCUCAGAGUUUGCUUGAGUUCUCAGCUUCUUUGACCACAGGGUUUACUUAUAUGAAGGUUUUCUCUCUGACGAGGAGUGCGACCACCUUAUUUCACUGGUAAAUUCUUCCACCCUGAUUCAUGAUCUUGUUACAUGUGAUGACGACCGUCACUCAAGGGUUUAUGCCUUCAAUGCAGGCGCGUGGGAGGCUGGAGAAGUCAAUGGUGGUGGGUGAAAUCGCAAGAAAGCCUACAUCGGGCCAAAUCCGUGCUAGUUCUGGAAUGUUCUUGCCUAGGGGCAAGGUAUACUAUUCUAUGAUAAGGAGGAACCAAAAAAAAAAAAAACUGACCCAUAUUGAGAAUUGGAAUCUCUCUCUCUCUCUCUUUCUUUCUUUCUUUUUUCCUGAAGGACGAGAUUGUCAAAAGGAUUGAGGGAAGGAUCUCGACCUGGACUUUUCUCCCAGCAGGUUUUCUCAACUUCUCGUUGAAUUUCAGCGUUGACCAUUUGAUCCAUUCUUGCUCACCACUCUGCUUGUGCUGUAGAAAACGGAGAGAACAUGCAGAUACUGCAUUACGGAGUCAACGAGACCUGUGAGCCGCACUCUGACACCUCGAUCGAUCCCUCCAACCUGGCAUUGGGCGGGAACCGUGCGGUCAUCGUCUUGAUGUAUCUGUCGAAUGUUGUUCAUGGCGGGGAGAUCAUCUUCUCCUCGUCGGAGGUGAGCAGACCCUUCCUCCCCCCUGCAAGCUACUCCCAGCGGCCUCUGCGAAUUGAAAGACAUCUGGAUCUCUUCUGCAGAUGAAGGAUGCUCGAGUGAAGGAUGGUGGUGAGCGGUCGACCUGUGCAUUGACCGGGCACGCCGUGAAGCCCGUCAAGGGGAACGCCCUCCUCUUCUUCAAUCUCCUCCCUGACGGCGCACCGGACAAAGGUAGCUUCCUUGGCGGUUGCAUGGUGCUCGAGGGGGAGAAGUGGUUGGCCGCAAAAGGGAUCCAUGUGAAGAGGACUGCUACUGUCACUGCUACUGUCACUGGCGGCGGAGGCGGCGGCGGCCGGGGCGAGGGGUGCACGGACGAGGACGACAACUGCUCUUCCUGGGCGGCUGCCGGGGAGUGCCAGCGGAAUCCUGUGUUCAUGCUGGGGACGCCAGACUAUUACGGCUGCUGUAGGAAGAGCUGUGGAAGCUGCUAG